AUGUGGGAGAAUGCCGAGUACUGUCCCCUUGGGGCAGGGGACACGCCUUCUGCCUUCCUGCGCCUGUGCCUGACCGGGGGCUCCCGGGACAUGGGGAACAGCCCAGGGGGAGCCUGCCUGGCUCUCUGCAGUGUGCGGCGUGUCCCCAGGGCCUGGAGGCCUAACAGGGCCAGCCGGCCCAGCCAGAAUCAGGAGGCUGGCUCUCUGCAGUGCCCCAGCUGUGCGUCGCGUUUGCCCAAGCGCUGUGCUGCGCUGGGCAGUGUGGGUGUCACCGAUGUCUUCCGCUCAGUCCGCCGCUGGACGCAGCUCGGCCUGCAGGCCGGAGGGUCCUUUCUGCUCUGUGAUAUCGCCGUCCCCCGAUGGAUGAAAAAACCAGCUCCCUUGGACGGAAUUCUGCCCGGGAAGAGCAGCCAGAGGGCCGCUCGGAGCCGCAGACUUGCCCUGGGCCUUCUGUGGGGACACCAGCUGUCCUCUCGAAGCUCAGCUCCGCAGAUGGCCGGCAGGCGGGUGGGCUGCAGGAGGAGCCUCCCUGGUGUCCCCCUGGAGCCCUGGUCUCUGAGGUCGAGGGUGGAGUGGGCACGAGUGCCCGGGGGCCUUCAGCUCGGUCCCCAGACGCCCAGCCUGGCUGUGCCCGAAACUCCGUACGGCCGGAGAUGGCCUGGGCUGUAG